AAAUUUGGGAUGUUAGCCGUUUCAGUUGGUAAACAAACCAAAAUCACUCGCGUUUUGUUAGAAUGCGGUGUUGACGGUUUCGUGCGUGCGGAGCAAUUUCUGAAGUAACACAACAAUCAUUAAUUACACAUAUAAAAUGACAGAGCCAAUUGAGGAGCUGGAAAGUUCCGAACUUGGUACCAAAGAUUACUGGGAAGCGAGUUACGAAACGGAAAUACGGAACUACCGGGACCACGGCGAUGUUGGCGAAGUGUGGUUUGACGAGGACAGUCAGCUACGGAUAAUCCGAUGGAUUGAACGGCAGGAAGAUAGAGUCCAGCAAGAUGAUUCCAUUAUAGAUUUGGGAUGUGGAAACGGAAUGAUGCUGAUAGAACUAGCCCGCGAAGGAUAUUCGAACCUCACAGGAGUGGACUACUCACCGAAGGCGAUAGAACUCGCUCAAUCGAUAGCCAAGGACCAGGAAUUGGAUAUCACCUACAAGGUUGUGGAUCUUCUCAACGAAUCAGACGUGACGGCCUUGGGCAGAUUCAAAGUGGUCCACGAUAAAGGAACCUACGAUGCCGUUAGUCUUCAUCCGGACAACUUCAAACAAAUGAGGGAAAAGUACAUUGAAAGCGUGGUACAGCUUUUGCAAGACGAUGGCUUGUUUAUCCUCACUUCAUGCAACUGGACUCAAAUGGAGUUGGUGAAGAGUUUUGGGGAGGUUUUCGAUUUGCACGUGGUCAUUCCAACGCCAUCGUUCAAGUUUGGGGGCGCCGUGGGAAAUGUCGUGACCUCUGUUGUAUUUGUUAAGAAACCUGUUAAAUAAAGAGCUUUAAAAUAGG